UUGCGAACAAAAGUAUUUUCAUUCUUUAAUAAUUCAGAAAAUUUCCUGAUUUAUUAUAGCCAUCUUACAUACCGUGUUCGUGUUCACGUCUUUACGUCAACAAGAGUUUUUGCAACUAUAUUGAGACACUUUUAUAAAACAAUUAAUAGUUUCGCGUGUUUCUUUAUUAAAAAUGAAUAUAAAAUGUUUAUUUAUUUUAUUAUUUGUGUGUCUUGAAGUCUGUGCAAAUUCGGAUUUGGAUACACAGCUGCUCGAUACCGCCAAAAAUGGUACCAUAGAUGCGGUCAAAAUGCUAAUAAACCAAGGAGCCAAUGUCAAUUUCGAAAACGAAGAGAAAGAAACGCCACUUCACAAGGCUGCUGAGAAAGGUCAUACAGAUGUAGUCAAAUAUCUAAUAGAAAAAGGAGCGGAAAUGAAUGUUAAAACUAAAUUUGGGGAAUACAAACCACUUCACAAGGCUGCUUCUGAGGGCCAUACAGAUGUAGUAAAAUAUCUAAUCGAGAAAGGAGCGAAUGUGAACUUUGAAAACGGAUGGAAAGAAACGCCACUUCACUCAGCUGCUGGGAAUGGUCAUGCAGAUGUAGUCAAAUAUCUAAUAGAAAAAGGAGCGGAUUUGAAUGUUAAAAACAAAUUCGGGGAAGAAACGCCACUUCACUCGGCUGCUUUUCAUGGUCAUACAGAUGUAGUAAAAUAUCUAAUCGAGAAAGGAGCGAAUGUGAAUGUUGAAAACGAAUGGAAAGAAACGCCACUUCACGAGGCUGCUUCUGAGGGUCAUACAGAUGUAGUCAAAUAUCUAAUAGAAAAAGGAGCGGAUGUGAAUGGUGAAGACAAAUGGAGAAAAACGCCACUUCAGUGGGCUGCUUCUGGGGGCCGAAUCGAAACAGUCAAAUUGUUAAUAGAAAAGGGUGCAAAUCCAUUCGUUAGAAAUGACGACAAUCAAACACCACGUGAAGAGGCUCUUAUAGAAGAUUACAAGGAAGCAGCUAAACUUCUAGAGGAAGCGGAGAGUACCUUUGUGCAUAGCUCUGACAAUAGGACGAGUGUAUAAAUUAUUUAUUCACCUUAAGUUUCAUUUGGCAUAAAAUGAUUGUAUUAAAAUCAUAACUCAAUUGUGCUUGCCUUAAUGGGAAAGCCUAUUCAAUAAAUUUGUACAUACACAUAUGCAAACAAAACAAAAAUGUAAUCAAUGAAGAAGGUUGAGUUUAAAAUAAAAACAUGAAAUCAGUA